CUCGAUAUCAUUCGCGCGGGAAAAAAUGGCCUUGCGUCAGAUAAUGUUUUACACAAAAAGCUGUUCAUAAAUUGUAAAACAAAUUGUGUUAUAAAUUGAUUACUUUGAUCAUAGAAGUUCAAGAAGAACGUUUUAUGGAGCAACAUCACCCAUCGAUACUUGGCAGUAAUGAAUUUUUGCUGUCGAAAAUUUUACAGGUUGCACUAAACUUAGACUCUAAGUUAGAUGCUGUUUCUUUUUUGUGUGAAUUAUUUUGCAAGAUAAGCUAACGAAUUCUCCGUUGGAAAUGCAGUUCGCCGUUCCGGGUUGAUAUCAUCGAUUCUAUAUCUCGCUAUCUACAGACCUUUCUCAAAAAUAUUCUUCAGAUUUGAAAUCAUCGUCUUGCAAUUAGUUUAUAUUGAGAACUUCAUGCUGUUUGGACCGUUCGGUUUCGAGUUACUUUUUUGAGACUUUUCUUUAGAUUUGAGGGGAAUUUGGUGCUGUAGUAAGAAAACUUCACUACAGAAACAUGUUCCAUCGAAAUAUAUAGGAAAGCUACAUGCUAAUAGAAACAAUCAACUAUAUACAACUGUCCUUUCUAAACUUUAAAUUUCAUUAAUAAAACCAUUUCUGACUGCUUCCAAUUUUCUGAAAGAAAAUAUUAUCCUAAAUUUAACAUCUUUUACAAAUUAGUUCAAUUUGUGUUUAAAGUUCAGCACACAACAAAGCUUUUAUCAAUUGAAAUUUGAGUGAAAACUAAGAGACCAUGACAUUGAUACAUACUUUGCAAUGAAAAUAUUCAUAUUGCCGGCUUUCAUUUAAAACUUACUUUUUCAUUAGAUUUUCUGCUUUGCUCAAAGUCAGCAAGAACAAUCCCAGCUAAAUUCAAAGUCUGACACCACAGAAAACAAAAGACAUGUAAAUGUCAAAUUUUACUAUGAUCAAGCAAAGAAAUACAGCACUGAAAUCAGAUGCAAGUAUAAAUACUUUCAAUAAUAUUGGCUAUGUCUCUUGGUGUUGACAGUCUUCAAAAAAAGUGUAUUUUGAAAAAUAUGCUUUUCUUUUCAAAGGAUGCAGAAUAUGUGAUUAAUAAAUGAGUCAGUCAAGGCUUAUUACCAAAAACUGUAAUAACAUUUUUGUAGAGUAAAAUAGUUUAUUUGCCACCUAAUUUGGACUUCUAUAGUUUGAGGUUUAUUCCAUGUGAUGUAACCACAAUAUGAUACACUUCUCAAGAUACAGUUCUAGAGGAUGAAAUGAGCUGAAAUUGAAACCAAACUGGGAGGCAUUUUUAACAAAGCAUUAUCAACCAAUAUGUAUUACAAGUUUUGUACUCAAGCACAAACAUUUGUUGAGAAACCCAAUGCAUUUGUUAAGAAACCCAAUGUAAAGAUCAUUCAAACAAGUAAUUUUGGAAAAUUUCCAGUUUUAGCUGCUUUAUCACAGCAAGGAACUAUUUGGAAAUUAAUGAAUCUUGCAAAUUGCUUGUUGGUCUGUAAAAUCAUUUUUUCCAAUGAACAACUAAUUUUUGUCAGGGAUGCCAGAUCACAUUUUAGAGUUGGGUGGGCUCUAUAAAUAUGAGUGGGCUCCUUUUGUAGUUUGCCACCAUCAUCUUUGAUGCCACAACCUUGAUAUUAUACUUUAGCAAAAAGGUGGGGGAAGGUGUCUGUCCACCCAGCCCCCAGCUCUUGCAUGCCUGCUUGUUCCUACUUUUCCUAAACAACAGUGUCUUUAAUAAUUCCAUCCUUCAAAUGAUACUGCCAUGGUGUAUUGUGCAUUCAUUUUCAAAUUGGUUUCCUAUGAAGUAGUAAUUAUUCAUUUUUUGUUAGGGAAAGUGAAAAAUAAUUGCUUAGAUUUAUAGUUCAACUUUUCAUCAACUGUGCAUAAAAUUAUAUCUUUUAAAUUGCCUUGACAUAUGCCAUGCAAUUCUGUUAAAAAACUUGUUGCUCUACUCCCAGUUGUAGCACAAAGAAGAUGUAAUUUGGCAAUUGUGAAACAGUUUUUUGAAAAUGAAUUUAUCUCCAGUGAAUCCAGUUUAUGCAAGGAUGAAAACAGUGACACUUGCUGGGAAGUAUCCUUUGUGUUUUUCAAUGAGCUGUCUGAGCCUUGUUCAGUCAUAUCAAUAAAGAAUAAGAAAUUGGAUGCAAGUGAAUUCAUUUAUGGCUUUUGUGACAAUUUUGUUAUUUUCUUCAAGGUUAGUCUGCUAGAAAAUGCAUCACAUUGGUUGAUUGGUGGGUUUAAAUCUUUCCUGAAGAAAUAUUACCUCAUUCACCGAGAGGACUUUACAAUGGUAGAAUACGAUGUUGGCGAUGUUCGAGGCUCAGAAAUAUUUAGGAAUGACAUUUCUGAGGGAUUUGUCUCUAUUGGCAAGCUGAAAAUGGUUGGUAGUGCGAAGUCAUAUUCAAAUAGGCAAGUACAACGUAAAUUAAAACUUGGUGGUUUUGUACCUUCUUCUUCAAUGUGCUCUGCUCACUCGAAGUUUCCCAAGUUGCUGCCAAACAGUCAUUGACGCAGUGCCAAGCUGUAUAUGCCAUGGGGCAAAUUACUACAUGGAUAUCUCGUACACUUUGAUAGAAAUCCUAUUGUUUUAUUAGUAAAUCCCUAGAAAACCUAUUGUUUUAUCGGUAAGUCCCUAGAAAUCCUAUUUUUUUUGGUAGAAAUUCAAUUUCAAGAGUUAGUUGUCUCCCAGUAUAACCACCCUGAAGAGUUCGAGCUUCCAAGUCCAGAUGCUUUUCUCCUGUUCUUUGCCGAGAUUGGGGUCAAUUGCAACUGAGUUUUUUGCUUUGGUGCAGUGUUUUGGUCACAUUUCAGUAUUUUGGCUGGAAUUUGCACGACCCAAAUAGAGGUCGUUCUGGUCAGGGAUAUCCAUUUUGGCUCAGCAUUGAUUUGUUGUUGAUGAUAAAACAAAGGAUCAGCCAUACUAUAUUCUCCCUAUAAUACUUUCCUAUUUUUGCAAACGCUUUUGUCAAAUUUGAAGGGCAAGUCAAUGUAUUCAAAGUAAACUGAUAAACUUUUAAAGCCACAAAUGUGUGCCUCUUGAUUAAUGCAGCAUGUAUUGUCAAUAACGUCUUGUAAUAAAGAAAAUGUCCUAUCACAAAUCCAUCAAUCUUGCCUUAAUCGUUUCUGUGCAAGCAAGUUGCCUUGAAUUCUCAUUCCGACCAUGAUUGGUACCAUUCCUAUAUCUUUGGUGUCGUAUCGAAAUCGCUCCUUCUUGAUACGUCAAAGACUUCCUGCAUUCCGAUCGGCAGCAGAUCUUAUCUUUACUCAAGAUACCACAUUGAGAAAGUUAUUAUCAAGGCACAUAGUGAAUCUGACUUGCUUCAAAACAAAAUUUUUAUCGUAAAAGCGUAGGUCAUAAUGAUUGAUUCUGAUUCAAGCAUGAAGUAUCUCGAAAUGAUAUCUGUAGCUGCUAGAGUAUUCAGAAAAUCGGUGGUAAGUUCAGGUUAUAUCCAGUGGCGUAGCGUCCGGGUAUUCAAGGUAUUCAGUGAAUACCCUGAGAUUUCUCAGAAAAAAUAUUAAUACGACGUAUAAUUGUAAUAAGUAAAAAAUGUUUUGGGGCUAUUGAUUCUGGUUGAAUUCGUUACCUUCAAUAUUCUACAUUUUGUACAAGUACAAAAUAUCACGAAAUUCAUGGAAACAAUAACGCUGCGAAGCAUAGAGAAGCUGGGAGAUCUUUGAAGCUAAUUUUGAAGAUUGAGCUACUUCAUGUUGUAUGGAGAUUGGUCAUGAAUACGCAGUGAAUACCCUAGACGGUACUUUAACCAAUCAAAAUGCUCCUUUCCAUGAAUAAUAUUUGCCGUUAAUCAGCAAAAACAAUGGUUCUGUACGCUGAGAAAUAUGCAGCGUACAGCCUCAAAGUUGGUUCAAAAUAGUCUCGUUAUGAGAUCGAUAUAAACAGUUAAUGGACGUCGGAGCGGUUGGAGUGAUGGAGCUGCAUCGAAAACAGUAAACAUGACUUAAUUAAAAAACUAUUGCAAUGUCUGUAUUACUGUUUCAUAAUCAUUCUCUCAUUUGACCCCUAAUCUUAAUCUACCAACAGCAAAGUGGAAAGGUAAGGUAGGCUGCUACAUAAUACUACACUGAUUCAGAUCUGUUCCCUCUUGAAAUGCCAAUUUGUUAUUGCUUACCAAUCAGGGAUGUUUCUGUUUGUAUUAUGUGAUAGAAUUAAAGUAAAUGCAGAUAGGCCUGGAUAAUAUCCUUAUAGUUGCCUGGUGUAUUCAGUUAUCUUGUUGGCCUAUUUUGUUUGCAUUAUUCGAGCGCAAUUAUUUGCAUUAUUGUGCAGUCUCAUCUCAUUACCUUCGAUUCUUUCAAAUAUUAACUUGUAUUGAAAGUAUCACGAUUAGACCAUGAAGAAAAAGUCUAUACUGCAUACCACAAAAUCAUUUAUAACUCAUGUAAUGCCCUAUGUGAAUAAUUUUGAAACUUUCGAAAGCCCUUUUGUAUUAAAAGGUAUUAAGAGUAGGUGUUUACAGUUACUUCCUCUUUACAUCAGUGCAAAUGUUAGACGAUUUAACAACAACUAUUGGGACAUAUUUUGACCAGUAAAAUUUUACUGGCUUUCAAUGAUAUGUUUUGAUUUGAAUUACUUUUGAUGAAAUGGUUAAUAGUAAUAUGAUGCAAUGAAUGAGUUCGAAGAGUAUAUUUGAAGGGUCCUUUAGCAAAGUAUCGUUUUUAUCAUAGCAAUGCCCUGACAGUGCAGUACUUGCCAACCGAACCAAAAAGAAAAUUAGAUAAAAUGUCAAUAGCUAGUCCUCUUAAUCUUUCUAUUAUCCCCCUAUUUUCAUCAAGCCGCAUCGAGCCACACCCUGCCCCACCCUUUUGAUUAAUAGAGAAUACCCAGUUGAAAAAGUCACGCUACGCCACUGGU